AACGUAACAUUUACGUACGUAUGUUUUAACGUAAAGCCGUCUUAUGGAUGGGACAGUGUAUUAGCCUAUACUGUCUAUGGUAUUAGCUAGUUAGGCUAUCUUUACGGUCUCACGUAGCAGUAAUAACCACUGUCACUGUAUGGACGUUAGAAAGCGGUGCCAAAGGAUACCGACUUCAGUUAAAUAACACCGAUAGUUCUCUCCUCUUUCCACCCGGAAACAGAACAGCCAUGGAGUUUCUCCCAGUACUUGAACCUCUAGAUAAACCCAGAGAAGGAAUAUGGUAUUCUUUGAUACCCAGGGGCGGUGCUCCAGGAGUUAGUGUGGGUCACACCUGCACGUUUAUUCCAUCUGGAGAUGGAGGAAAAGGAAGAAUAAUUAUUGUUGGGGGAGCCAACCCCAGCGGCAGUUUCUUACAUUCGCAUAUCAUAAAUCUAGAUAAUCAUGAAUGGGACAUCCCAGACUGGGAGGGUAUGGAGCCACGGUAUGAACACUGCAGCUUUGUGCCAGAGAGCUGCCCUCAAAGCCUGUGGGUGUUUGGAGGUGCACAGCAGAGCGGCAAUCGCAAUUGUAUCCAAAACAUACAGCUAACAGAGAGUGGGUCUCGCUGGAAGAAUGUAGUGGUGAAUGGCAAACCCCCCGGUCCCAGGACAUACCACACCAACUCAGCCUGCAUAGGGGACAAACUAUAUGUCUGUUCUGGUGGGGAAGCAGGAGCUGCACCUGUCUCAGACCCCAAACUCCAUGUCUUCGAUACAGUGUCUUCCACCUGGUCUCAACCAGAAACACAAGGCAGAACCCUGCCAGCCAGACACGGCCACAUUGUUGUAGCAGUGGGUUCAAAGAUCUACAUUCAUGGAGGCAUGGCUGGAGACAAAUUCUACAAUGAUAUGUACUCUCUUGACACAAGGAGCAUAAAGUGGGAGAAAGUGCAGGCCAAAGGAGACAUCCCACCAGGAGUAGCGGCCCACUCAGCUGUGGUGCUGGGCAAGAACGUCUACAUUUUUGGGGGGAUGACUGCAGAUGGAGCUGGCAACUCCAUGUACAGAUUUAACACAGACAAAAGUAGAUGGGUCCUGGUGAAGUUCGAAGGGGAUAUGCCACCCAACCGCUUAGACCACUCCAUGUGUUUAUUGCCCUGGAAGGUGUGUGGUGAGGGGAAUGGAGAUGAGGAGGAAGCCAACAGCCCAGCAGCAUCAGAGACAAUAAAUCUUGCCUUUGCAUUUGGAGGAAUGGACACCCGAGGUGUCAUUCAUAAUGACUGUAUUGUGACUGUGGUGACAUGAUGCUGUAAUAUUCAUUUACCCAAGUUGUAAUAAAAUGUUUGAAGUACUA